AUGGCGCCGGAGGCUCCAGAUCCCCAGAGCCUCAAGUCAUGGGCCGAUGCCUUCCAGUAUCCGAUUCCAACGGUUCGCCGUGUGGAGCAGGAACUGCGACGGGAUAUCGCCAGCAAUAAGGAGAAGCUCCGAGCUCUCGUGGGUACACGAUACCGAGAGCUUGUUGGAACUGCUGAGACCAUCGUGACAAUGAAUUCGGAGAUACAAGAGAUCGAGUCCAUUUUGGCCGAUGUUGGACGUCGAUGCAACCCGCGAUUGAUGGAGAAGAAGCAUAUAUAUGCGCGACAAAUGAAAAGCGAUGCAGCGGAAAAAGAUACCGACAAGCACGCGUUCGGAGCGCAACUUGCUCUUCUUCACCGUUGCACUACAUCUAUGUCUCGACUUCUUCGCCGACGCGCCUCAUUGCUACUUGUUGCAAAGAUCCUUGUUGUUUCCAGAGUGUUGCAAAACAAUCUAUCGCAACACGAAUCGACCCCACCGUUCCUCGACGAUCUUCGCAAGCAACUUGCCUCUCUUCAGCGCACCCUGUUGAAACGAAUCAAUAAGCGCCUAGCAUCCGCGAAUGCUACGGAGGACAGUAUAAUUGAAUCGUUGGCUGCUUACUGUCUCCCAACAAACUCAUCUUCUGAUGAUGCCAUUCAUCACUUCCAGAAGACACGUCUAGAUGUGAUUACCAGCCAGCUGGAGGUAUCGUGCGAGAAUAUUCCCAAGGCUCUGCGACUAUUUGUUCGUACGCUACAAACAUCCAAGACCUUGCGAUCGCGCCAAUUCCCAGAUGUUCUUUCAAAGCUUAAAUCUAGGCCGAUUCUGUCAGAUCCAGAGAUCCGCAGCUUGGAUGGGCUGGAAAUUGAUGUACUGGGCCGAUGGGUGGCCCCGGAGGUCAAUAAUUUUACGCCUUGGAUCAAGAUGAGUGAACUGAGUCGAAGUGAGGGUGUGGAAUCGAUCAAGGGUUGGUCGCGUCAAGCAUUUGAGCGAUUCUGUGAAGGCUGCAAUAAAAGUUUGGCGCACAUCAACGACUUCUCCGAGCUCUUAUCUCUACGUGCCGAAACUCUUGAACUUUGGUUAUCAUCCUGGGGCUCAACAAUCACGCAUCGGUCCGUUGAUGUCCUGGAACGCCUACGCAAUAUCUUCAACGACCACUUGAUACGAGUCCUGACAUCGCAGGUUCAAACCAUUGAUGAAAUCAGAACCCAAAUUUCAUCUACUAUUUCCAGCUGGGAUAAUACAGACCAUAGUCAAAUCGGAUCCCUCUGGGACUCUGAUCUGAUUGCUGCAGACUACUCAAAUGGCGCAACAGCAUUUAAGCAAGUUGUAGCAGACCGACUUCUGGGCCGCGACGACGAUGUCUCCGCCGUCCUUAGGAAGUAUCAGAUUUGGCUUUCGGCCAUUGAAGAACGAAGCGAGUGUAUAGCCUCUUUGCGCCGACUGAAAUGGACUGAUAUUCUCGUUGGAGGUGAAGUAGAAGACGAAGAUAUCGACAUCACGCCUCGCCUGAAUGAUGACGACCCCAAACUUCUAUCUGAUGCUCUUCAUCUAGCUGUCAAACAAGCAUUUGAUGUGCUCCAGACAUCGGUCACCGACGCUUUCAAGGAAUUUGGCAGUAAUCAUCAAAGCGCAAAAGCCACCUUCCUCCUACGACUCAUCCGACUCGUACGCCGAGAAAUCCCUUCUGGUUUUGUCGAACAGGACUUCUUGUUAUCUCGAGCUGUUGUUCCAGACCUGCAGAAGCUGCUUGCAGCUGAUAUUGUCGCACAAAGCGGCUCAUUGUCUCUUGUACCUUCAUCAAGGACCCGGACCGAUUCCAAUAAGCUGAAGACUGUCCCCGGCCGCUCGUUAUGGGAGGGCGAGCCCGUCAUACCGGUACAGCCGUCUCCAAGUACAUUCAAGUUCUUGCGUCACCUGACUGCGAAUAUGGAUGAGAACGGAUUUGACCUGUGGGAUCCAUCAACCGUUAAAGUUCUGAAGGGCGAGCUGCAAAAGCAAUUGGAGAAUUCCAUCGGAUCUACGCUCGAUGGCAUGGGAACUUGGCAAACUCAAAAUCAAACUACGCCAAAUUCCGAAAAGAAUGUAGAAAAGGGCGAGAAAGACGGCGGGGAGGAAGAAACAGAAAAACAAGAUCAACCCACGAAUGUCCAGACUGAGGAUGCUGCAGCUCAUGCUGAUACCCUGCGUGACUGGAAGAUCCAACUUCUCUUUGAUACGAUCUACUUAGCAAACAUGCUAGGCGACCCGACCCAGCUGGCUGGUGUCGCGGAGCGCAUCCGAAACAGUGCGGAGCUAAAAACCGAAGCUGCCAAGAGCAUCCACAAGGGUGCAGCAGAGUACUGGAAACGCACUGAGCUGCUAUUUGGUCUUCUAUGUGAUCGUUAG